GCCACACACUGCAUUAGCAGGGAGUGUUAUAAAAGCCUUGGAGUGCAAGCUCACAGUUGUCUUGGUAAGAAGAGAAGGCAGCGAUGGACCCAGCUGUGGUUCUGGUCCUCUGUCUCUCCUGUUUGCUUCUCCUUUCACUCUGGAGACAGAGCUCUGGGAGAGGGAAGCUCCCUCCUGGCCCCACUCCUCUCCCAAUUAUUGGAAAUAUGCUGCAGGUGGAUGUUAAGGACAUUGGCAAAUCCUUUACCAACUUCUCAAAAGUGUAUGGCCCGGUGUUCACUGUGUAUCUUGGCAUGAAGCCCACUGUGGUGUUGUAUGGAUAUGAAGCGGUGAAGGAAGCUCUGAUUGAUCACGGAGAGGAAUUUUCUGCAAGAGGCCAUUUCCCAGUGGCUGAAAGAAUUAAUAAGGGACUUGGUGUUAUUUUCACCAAUGGAGAUAGAUGGAAGCAGAUCCGGCGCUUCACCCUCAUGACCCUGCGGAAUUUUGGGAUGGGGAAGAGGAGCAUUGAGGAACGUGUCCAAGAGGAGGCCCGCUGCCUUGUCGAGGAGUUGAGAAAAACUAAGGCCUCACCCUGUGAUCCCACUUUUAUCCUGAGCUGUGCUCCUUGCAACGUGAUUUGCUCCAUUAUUUUCCAGAAUCGUUCUGAUUAUAAAGAUAAGCAUUUUCUUAAGUUGUUGGAAAAAUUAUAUGCUAAUGUCAACAUUCUCAGCUCCCCAUGGAUGCAGAUCUACAAUAAUUUCCCUGCUCUCAUCGAUUAUUUCCCAGCGACCCUUAACACAUUAUCUAACAAUGCUGUUUUUAUAAAAAGUUAUAUUUUGGAGAAAGUAAAAGAACACCAAGAAUCGUUGGAUGUUAACAAUCCUCGGGACUUUAUUGAUUGUUUCCUUAUCAAAAUGGAGCAGGAAAAGAACAAUCAACAGUUGGAGUUUACUUUUGAAGCCCUAGUGACCACUGCAUUUGAUUUGUUUGGAGCUGGGACAGAGACAACCAGCACAACCUUGAGGUAUGCUCUCCUGCUCCUGCUGAAGCAUCCAGAUGUCACAGCUAAAGUUCAGGAAGAGAUUGACCGUGUGGUUGGUAGACACAGGAGCCCCUGCAUGCAGGACAAGAGCCACAUGCCCUACACGGAUGCUGUGAUACAUGAGGUCCAGAGAUACAUUGACCUCAUCCCCACCGACCUCCCCCAUGCAGUGACCCAUGACAUUAAAUUCAGAAACUACCUAAUCCCCAAGGGCACAACUGUAUUACCAUUCCUAACAUCUGUGCUGUAUGACAGCAAGGAAUUCUCCAAACCAGAAAUGUUUGACCCUAGCCACUUUCUGGAUGAGAGUGGCAAGUUUAAGAAAAGUGACUACUUCAUGCCUUUCUCAGCAGGAAAACGGAUUUGUGUGGGAGAGGGACUGGCCCGCAUGGAGCUAUUUUUAUUCCUGACCUCCAUUUUACAGAACUUUAACCUGAAAUCUCUGGUUGAUCCAAAGGACCUUGAUAUCACCCCAGUUGCAAAAGGAUUUGCUUCUGUGCCACCCUUGUACCAGCUCUGCUUCAUUCCUGUCUGAAGAAGGUCAGACAGUCCGGUUGCUGAAGGGCUGCCCUCUGCAGCUCCCUCUUCUCUGGGACAUCUUCCGCCUCCUUCCCACCAUCAGAGAUGCCUUCUCUGACCUCUGCUCUCACAUCUCCCCAUUCCCUCAAGAUCCCGUGGACAUCAUUCCUCCUUUUAGGAGAGUUUCCUGAGUUUCACUACACAAAUAUAUCUACCAUUCCUCGUAUUCUGUAACCCCUGUAUUAAUCACCACAUAUGCCAAUCCUUAGCUAAUAUUCAGUUAUUAAUGUUAUCAUGGUAAAACAGAGAAAAUUAUUAGUGUAUGAUAAUUCAGACUUAUUUCUCCUGCA